AAAUUGAAUCUUUGCGAGUCUUUUCUCUCUCCUACGUAGAAAUAGAAGACGAGGGAAAGUGAGAGAAACCAUAGAAGAAGAAGGUGGUUUUUUUUAUUUUUUAUUUUUUGCGAUCACUUGGGCAAGUCUUCUUCCAAAUCAUAAACUCUAUAUAUGAACGAAACGCAGCGUUUCGAGGUCUGAAUCCUUAGAACUCCCACUUCUGACGGAACUCGGGUUUACGAAGGACUCACCUGGAACAUGGCAGAACACUUGGUUCUGGAGCUCAGUAACCCUGAUCUUCGAGAAAAUGCCCUUCUUGAACUAUCUAAGAAAAGAGAAAUGUUUCAGGACUUGGCACCAUUGUUGUGGAAUUCGUUUGGUACUAUUGCUGCACUAUUGCAGGAGAUAGUUUCCAUCUAUCCUGUUCUAUCACCGCCUAACCUAACUUCUGCUCAAUCAAAUCGAGUUUGCAAUGCCCUUGCUCUUCUUCAGUGUGUAGCCUCUCACCCUGACACAAGGAUGUUGUUCCUUAAUGCUCAUAUACCGUUGUAUUUGUACCCUUUCCUUAACACAACAAGCAAGUCAAGGCCAUUCGAAUACUUGAGGCUUACUAGCUUAGGUGUCAUUGGCGCCUUGGUGAAGGUUGAUGAUACUGAAGUGAUUAGUUUCCUUCUCUCAACCGAAAUAAUCCCACUGUGUCUGCGCACCAUGGAAAUGGGCAGUGAAUUGUCAAAAACAGUUGCCACAUUUAUAGUUCAAAAAAUUUUGUUGGAUGAUGUGGGCUUGGAUUAUAUCUGUACUACAGCAGAGCGGUUUUUUGCAGUAGGACGAGUUUUGGGGAGCAUGGUUGCAGCACUUGCUGAACAGCCAUCAUCCCGUCUUUUAAAACAUAUUAUCCGGUGUUAUCUUCGAUUGUCAGAUAACUCAAGGGCUUGCGAUGCGUUAAGAAGUUGCCUUCCAGACAUGUUACGAGAUGCUACCUUCAGCAGUUGUCUUCGUGAGGAUCCAACUACCAGGAGAUGGCUGCAACAGUUGAUUCACAACGUCGGGAUGAGCCGCGGGGUUUCGGCACUUCAACCUGGGGGAGGAUUUGAACAUAUGAUAUGAUGUGAAGUAAAAAUUGAUCGUAGCAAAGCUAAAGAUUAUAGCAUUUGCGUUGUUGAUGGUUUAGUUGGUGAUUUGCGCCGGGGAGGGAUUCCUUAGCUAACUUAACCAAUCCCAGUGCUAAUUGACACACAAAAAAAAAAAAAAAAAAAAAAACGCAUACUUUCCUUUUUAUGUAAUUAUAAUUACCAUAUAAAUCUUUGUAACUUUGUUGUAACCACAAAAAAUGUUUUCGUCACUUUUUAAUCUUAUAAGCUCUCUUCACUGUCUCACAACCA